AUGGAUCCUUUCCCCCCGCCAUCGUCCAUGACGCUCUCACCGCAAUCGCCAACUCCGGCUCCGAAUCCCACCACCUCAUCAAUUUUUCGGCCCCGCCGAUCCGACGAUUGGCACGAGUAUCGCGACAUUAUUGAGCAGCUCUACCGCAAUGACCAACUGAAGCUGCGCGAUGUAAAGCGCAUUAUGGAGCGUGAUUAUAAAUUCCAGGCCUCAGAAAAACAAUACAAAGAUCGCCUUGCUGCCUGGCACGUUCGCAAGAAUAUCAAAGCUAAAGAGGUCCACCUUAUGAUUCGGAAACAGCAAAAACGUGCCGCGAGGGGCAAGCAGACGGCUUUUCGGGUGAACGGACAAGAGGUUGACAACAAACGCAUUGCUCGUUUUCAGCGUCGCUACGGCGAUAGUUGGAGCGAAGAGAAGGACAGGGAUAUUCAGCAGAUGAGCCCGGAACCCACAACCCCGUCCGACAUGACUUGCUAUACUCCAGAACCCGCCGACGAGGCCGCCACGCCGAUAUCACCACCAGAGAUCCAGUCUCCAUCGCGUGAGCCCUCAUCUUACCCUCUUAGCUACGGUAAGUACCAUCAUUUUGCGUCUGCCUCUGCAUUGAGGUGA